AUGCGACGCUUCACAAAUGCCUUGUUUGGCAGGCGCGGCGCCGCAUGGUGCGAGGCAGCAUCUUUUUGGUCUCACCAGACUCUUUUGCCUCUGAUGAACACUGUGUGUUACUUUUCUAUGACUAGCGCUGUGCAGGAAGGAUCAAUCCCCGCUACUAGCUCGAGUAUAGGUGACCCGCAUACUCCGCAGAAGACAAAUGUGUCUGCAGUUUCGACAGAGCACGACAUCUCUAUCACCGACGGCAAUGGUCAUCAAGUCCAUGUCACUCCGCUGGCCUCAUUUGCAGAGUUGCGUGAUGCACCGCGAUGGCUGGCGGAGGGAUUGAGGGCGCUCAAGUAUCCUUCCACAACUGACAUUCAGAAGUUUACAAUACCCUUGCUGGCUGACGGUCACGAUGUUAUUGGACUCGCACCAACAGGCUCUGGAAAGACCGUGGCGUUCGCGGUUCCAGCUCUGGCAGCGUUCAAGCGCAAUCCCGAUGGCACGCCAUCUGUUCUGGUUCUAGCACCCACGCGAGAGUUGGUGCAGCAAACCACCAAGGUGUUUCAGAGCCUCGGAUGCGGGCAGGUGCGCGUCUGCGAGGCCUACGGUGGUGCCCCACGAGAUCUACAGGCUCGCUGUCUUCGCAACGGUUGUGACGCGCUCGUUGCUUGCCCAGGACGACUCAAGGACUUUCUCGAUAGCGGUGAAUUGUCCAUUCGUAAUCUGUCGUUUCUAGUCUUCGACGAAGCAGACCGCCUCCUCGAUAUGGGGUUCCAGGUUCACUUGGAUGAGAUUAUGGGCCACCUAGACUCAGGCUCACAUCCGCAGACGAUGAUGUGGUCGGCGACGUGGCCAGAGUCGGUGCAAGAGAUGGCGCGCAAGUAUCUAUCCAACGAUCGUCUCUUGAUUCGAGCCGGUACGGCUGGCACAGGGCUGCAAGUGAAUGAGCACAUCAAGCAGGAACUUAUCUUCUGCAGCACCUUAACAGAGCGCAUUGAGAAGCUCGGGUCGCUGGUUGAGGAUGGGACCAUCGAUGACAACAGCGACAAGCUCAUCAUCUUCGUGGAGCGCCAGACGGAUACGGAGGACACAGCCAGAGCUUUCAGCCACCGACUUGGAAUCGAUGCACGUUACGUAGGGACAAUUCACGGAGGCCUGUCGCAGAGGCAGCGGGACAAGGUCAUGAGCAUGUUCAAAGCAAACCACAUUCGUCUUCUCGUCGCGACCGACGUUGCCUCUCGCGGUCUAGACAUUCCCGAUGUGACGUGCGUGGUAAAUUUUCAGGCUCCAAAGAACAUUGACAGCUACUGCCAUCGCAUCGGCCGCACCGGCCGCGCCGGUCGCACCGGUACAGCGUACACAUUCCUUGGCCAGGGGGACGGGGGUCUCGCAGUAGACCUCGUCGACUACUUGACUCGCUGUCGUGUUACUGUCCCAGCAGAGUUAAUGCAGCUCGCCAAGCGUCACCAGGAUCGGUUGCAGCAGCAGCAGGGGCGCUCCAGGCGGGCUGAUCGAGGCGGUUUCUCCAGAAGGGAGGGCAACAGUGAAUUUGGCCGCCGCCGCCGCGAUCGAGGAGGUUCCCGCGAGUUCGUGCCUAGCAGGUUCAACUCGCGCAAUAGCGAUAACGACCCUCCAUCUACGUUGGACUGGUGA